GUCAGUUUCAGUUUUGGUAGCCUAAGUAUUUUUCAUCUAUUUUCGUUUCUUACGUCAAAAAGGUGUAGUGAUUUCUAUUUGUGAUUUUGUUCAAAGAUUUACUUGUAAAUUUGGAUAUAUGUCGAGAAUAAGGGGAGGCAAUGAAUGAUUUCACAAUAAAAUAAUGACAAUUUCAAUGAAAGAACAAGAUCCAGUGCCUGGGGAAAUGGUGUUCCCCGAGGCAAAAUUAAAAGCAUUAGAAGAGAAGAUAUCACAUUCCCGAUGGGUUGUUCCUGUUUUGCCAGAACAAGAAUUAGAAGCUUUGCUUGUUGCUGCUACAGAACUUGCUGCAAAGGGGGAAGAUGGAAAUAACCAAUUGUGCCAGAGAUUUUACAAUGAUGCCCUUACACUAUCCUUUACUAAAAUUCUUACUGAUGAUGCCGUAUCUUCUUGGAAAAACAAUAUUCAACAGUGUGUUAGAUCUAAUUGUGAGAAGUUGGUCAAGCUGUGUGCAAUGAAGUUAGAUGAUCCAAGAUUUCUACAUUUAUUGUCUAUGGUAUUCAACCCCAACAAUAAGUUUCACAUAUUUAACGCAUCACGCACGUCUGAGGGCCUAUCGGUUGCCACUAGUUCAGCUUCUAUAGGGCAAGGAUCAACGCAGGAGCCAGAGAUUUUUGCCAAAUCACAGGACCAUCGCACACCAAGGGGGUGGCUUGUUCAUCUGAUUAAUGUUUUUGGUCAAGCUGGAGGUUUCGUGAAACUUAGGGAGAGAUUUGAAACAAUAAUGGGUUUUCAAAAGCCUGAUCUAACAGCGUCAAUGAAUUCAAAGGAGAAAGUAUCUGCAGAGACGGCUGAAAAGGAAAGUGAAGACAUUCAAAACAUAAAAGUUGAUGAAGUUGACAUUGUGCCAAUGCUUUCGGAGAGCAGUGAUAUAUUAACACCUUCUCGUAAUGAACAACCGUCAUCACUGGAGCAGUCUACUAGUGGGGAAACGCGGGUUGCUACUGUAUGGCAGCUAUUAAGACCACUGGGCCUCUGCCACGAUUUACUCACGCCACACACUGUCACUACGUACCUGUUACCUGUUCUGGAAUGUAUCCCAACAUUAUUAGAAAGUCUUACAGAUGAAGAACUAAAAAGGGAGGCUCGUGGCAGUGAGAAUAAGACUGAUACUGUAUCUUGUCUUAUCCGUGCUUGCAAGUAUGUGUCGGUCAAGACUCCACAACAUCACAGUUUAUUAAAAUCCUUGGAGAUGUUUAGAUUGAAAAUGAUUCUACGAUGGCUGCAAAUGUCCUCGUUCAAUGGUAAAAUGUCGGCGCUCAACGAAAUUAAUCAGCUUAUUAGUACAAUAUCUCAACAACCGAAACCAGAGUGGCUCACUCCUGCAGUUAUCACAAAUUGGAUCAGGGAAAAUAAGGUGGUCGACAUAGUAUUACGUGACUCGCUGCACCAACCUCAAUACGUGGACAGAUUAGAGAAAAUGUUAAGAUUUAUGAUCAAAGAAAACUCAUUGACCAGAGACGACUUGGAUGCAAUAUGGAAGGCACAGCAUGGCAAACACGAAGCCAUUGUUAAGAAUUUACAUGACUUAUUGGCGAAACUAGCAUGGGACUUCACACCAGAUCAGCUAGAUCACCUUUUUGAUUGCUUUAAGGCGAGUUGGGCCACAUCCACCAAGAAACAGAGUGAUAAAUUAUUAGAGGUUAUAAGAAGACUUGCAGAAGAUGAUAAAGAUGGAGUUAUGGCAAACAAGGUUUUGGUUUUAUUUUGGAAUUUGGCUCACUCGGAAGAAGUUUGUACGGAAAUAAUGGACGUUGCUCUAGCCAAUCUUAUUAAAAUUUUGGAUUACAGCUGUAGUCAAGAUCGAGAUGCACAGAAAACACUAUGGUUGGACAAAUGCGUAGAAGAAUUAAAGACCAACGAGAAGUGGGUGUUACCGGCAUUGAAGAUGAUGCGCGAGAUAUGUUGCUUGUACGAAGCGGGCGUGGGAACCGACCUUCGACCGCAGGUCACGCGCCAGGAGCUCAUCGACCGCCUUCAGACGCAGCACUCGCUCGUCAUACUGGUCACCGACUCGCUCACACACUACAUGGAUGGAGUCCGAAACAAGAUCGUAGAAGAAGGUGAUAUAGACUGGGACAAUUGGUUACCAGAUGGACGAUAUCCGCAUGCAGCUCAAGUACAGGAAAGAUUGAGUUUUUUAAGGUUUCUAUUAAAAGACGGGCAGCUAUGGCUGUGUGCAGAACAAGCCAAACAAAUAUGGGUAUGUCUAGCAGAAAGGCCGGCACAUUACGGCGACCGAGAGGCGUGCUUUCGUUGGUUCAGCAAGCUAAUGGGCGAAGAACCAGAUCUAGAUCCAAACAUUAAUCUACAUUUUUUUCGGAGGAACAUUAUGACAUUACCGCCCAAUCUGUUAACGCAUGCAGGCAUCAAAUGUUUCGAGAGAUUCUUCAAAGCAGUUAACUCUAAAGAAGGCAAAUUAAAAAUUAAGCGAAGAAGUUUUUUAUUAAAUGAUGCUGAUCUCAUAGGAUUAGAUUAUUUAUGGCGUGUGAUAACGGAGUGCGACGACGAGAUCUCUGCUCGCGGCAUCGAAUUGUUGCGUGAGGUGUGCACGUGCGUGGGCCCGCAGUUUUCCGCCGCCCACCAUCACGAGGCGUUCCUCACGCAGUGCUGCGCGCGGACGCAGCGCAUGCAGAAGGAAAUGGAACAACAGGAGGACUCAACAGAAGGAUGCACUAAGAUGUGUAGAGUGAUACGUGCCAUACAAGAAUAUGUAAACGAAUGUGAUAGAAGGUUCUCAGCGGAUCGACAAAUCUUGCCGAUAUAUCGAUCGGGGCGGGGGAGGCAAUGUACAAUUAUAGUCAGAUUCAAUUUCCAAACUGGUCAAAGACAAAUUGAUGAUAUGGAAUUCUUUUCACAUUCAAAUGAAACAUUGCAUUCCCUGCGUGCCGCGAUACAAAGAAGACUCAAAUGUGCUACUGAUAGUAAUAUUAAAUUAGAACUUCAUGUAAAUAAGUUAGAACUCUACGUAAAUGGGGAACUUUUAGAUUCUAGCCAUGACCGGAAAAUAUUAUCACAAAUACCACUACGAGACAAGACUGUGAUUGUCGCUAAAGUGUGCGGGAGCGGUGGCUGCGAGUCUUCGAACGAGUCCAGCAGCGACUCGAGCACUUCGUCGCCGCCGUUGCCGCCCACGCCAGAGCAUGCUUUACCCGGCGUUUUAUUUGCGCAAGGUUCGUGGUAUAUACCAUUUAUUCUGGAUCUAGAACAUGUUGGUAUCACGAAAGAGCAUUCUCAACUGACAGAGGCCGCCCAUCUUCUUUCACAAAUUUGCCCCGCACAUAAGCAAACGGUCGAAAAAUUAACUGAAGCUCUACUAUGUAGGGAAGACACAAAAUUGAGAGAUAUGUUGUAUGGACCAGCCCCACCUACAGUAGCUUAUAAUAUUGAGGUUUUAUACAGUAUGGUGAUGCCCUCUUCAGACACAAAGCUUGAGCGAUGUCGUAGUUUUCAACUUGCAUGCGUGAAGAAAGCACCAUUAUUGGUUCAAUGUUUAUCAGAUAAGGAAUUUCUAAACGGCGCUGCAGCACACACAAGAAGGGUUGGUUUUUUAUCUCUAGUCAGAUUAGCUAAACUGGCAUUAUACACUUUGGGCCAUUUAUUUGAAAUUCUUGCUCCAGAUGGUUCGGACACUUCAGUAGACAAAGAUUUUAGGAUGGACGUAACUAUACUAAGGGAAGCUUUACAAACUGUGCCCAAUCACAACUGUGAGCUGAUUGUGAAAGCUAUCUCUGAGAAAUUGGCUAACACUCUUGGGGAACAGGUUAUGACGAGUGGUGAAGAUAGCGAUUCGGUGUCGUCUUUGGUUUGGUGGCGGGUUCCCACUACGGCUACAGUGCGCGCGUUGUACUCGCUGGCUUAUUCGGUAGCGCAGCCAACCGAAAGCAAUGGAAUGGUGCAUCCGGAUGACGUCAUAUUGGUUCGAGAAUGUAUGGAGGUGGUGACUAUAUGUAUGGCUCUCGGCGGCGGGCAUUUGGACUCACUCCUGCACGAGAGUUGGUGGCAGGACACCGCCUUGUACCUGAUGAUAGAUUGCCCUAGCCCUCAAGUGCGGGUAUCGUGUGCUGAGCAGUUGCUGGCGAUGUGUGCGUGGGGCGGGGGCGGCUGCGCGCGCGCCGCUCUGUCGGCGCUGGGCGGGGCCGGGGCGGGCGCGGGCGCGGGGGGCGCGCGGCUGCAGCGGCACGCGAGGCACGCGCAGCAAUUCCUACUUCUGCUGUGCCGCCUCGUUGCGCUCGCCGGCUCCACAGAGCGCACGCUCGAAGACCUCGCGUAUGAGGUAGCGUGGCUGCGUGCCGUUCGUGCCAACCCCGAGAAGUUAGACGACACGCUGCUCGAAGGCCAUUUGAACUUAACGAAGGAAUUGUUCGCGCACGUGCCCGCUCAAGUCAAGUACCAAUACGGCGCUCACCCCGAGCAUAAAGACUCGGGCCUCAUAAAGGAGGUGACGACCGAGUUUCUGUGGCCGUACUCUUGGGCGUGGUGCCGCAUGGGCGGUGGUAGUAGCGGCGGGGGAGGGGAGGAGGCUGGCGACGAGCCGGCGACGCCUUUGUGCAGGACACCGGGUGCCGCCGCCGCCGCUACUGACCUGUUGCUGGCGCUAGUGCACGGGUGCGUGCCUAACAUGGCCGCGCUAGCGUACUUGCUAGAAAUGAUGUUCUACAGCGAAAAAAGUAUGCCGCUAUCUGAGUGGGACUACAUGCCUUGCGUGGGCCCGCGGCCCGCAGCCGGCCUAGUUGGGCUCAAAAACGCGGGCGCCACCUGCUACAUGAAUUCAGUAUUACAACAACUGUACUGCGUCCGGGCCGUUCGAGACGCAUUACUCACCGUUCAAGGUGCCGCUACAGAUCCCAACGAAGAUUUCUCUGGCGAACAUCAUAUCGUAGAAAAUACCACAGAGAACAAUAGCGACUAUAACAUAACAAUAUUAAAACAAGUUCAAGCUAUAUUUGCACAUUUACACUAUAGUAAGCUUCAGUAUUAUGUUCCCAGAGGAUUGUGGGCGCACUUUCGACUUCAAGGCGAACCUGUUAAUUUACGCGAACAACAAGAUGCAGUAGAGUUUUUUAUGUCAUUAGUGGAGUCAUUAGAUGAAGCUCUCAAGUCACUAGGACAAGACCAACUUAUGGCGAAAACCAUGGGUGGCACGUAUUCGGACCAGAAAAUCUGUAAAGGCUGCCCGCAUAGGUAUUGUAAAGAGGAGCCUUUCAGUGUAGUGUCUUUGGACAUAAGAAAUAUGUCCAGACUACAAGAAUCUCUUGAGGCUUACGUUAGGGGCGAGCUUUUGGAAGGGGCGGAUGCUUACCACUGUGAUAAGUGCAAUAAAAAGGUCGUAACGGUUAAACGCUUAUGUCUAAACAAACUACCUCCAGUAUUAGUUAUACAGUUGAAAAGGUUCGAAUAUGACUUUGAAAAAGUGUGUGCGAUAAAAUUCAACGAUUACUUUGAGUUCCCACGAGAUUUGGAUGUCGAACCUUACACAGCUUGGGGAUUGGCGCGUGCUGAAGGCGACGCGACACUAUGGGAAGGCGGCGAAGACAAAACGCCGGAGACUCACUACCAACUCAGCGGCAUAGUCGUCCACUCAGGGCAGGCCUCUGGUGGACAUUACUACUCAUAUGUUUUACUUAGGGAUAACGGUAGUGAAACAGGACGAUGGGUUAAGUUAGACGAUGGAGACGUGUCCGAGUGCGCCAUGCAUGACGAAGAGGAAAUGAAGGCCCAGUGUUUCGGUGGAGAAUAUAUGGGCGAGGUGUUUGAUCCGAUGCUAAAGAGGGUACUGUACAAGCGCCAAAAGAGAUGGUGGAAUGCUUACAUGCUGUUCUACACGAGAAAGGACACUAUAGAAACGUCUAGUCUCGAGCAGUCUAUGAGGAAAUUAACGCUUAAGGAAAGUGCCAUACCAAGGCCAAUAUGGCUUUCAGUUCGUCGUAGUAAUAUUGCAUUUUCACAUAAUCAAGAUCAAUUUAGUUUGGAACAUUUCAAUUUUAUGAAGAAAUUGUGUUGUAUGAGGUUGCAGGUUUUAGCAGGCUCGCAAAGCGCUGUAUGGAGUCAGGAACACGAAGAAAUGUCUAUGUUGGCUGUGCAAUUAGCGACAAAGUUUUUAUUUCAAGUUGGUUUUCACACAAAGAAAACACUACGAGGUCCUGCGGCUGAUUGGCAUGAUAUUUUGUGUCAACAUUUGCGGUGCUCACAAACAGUUCGAGCGUGGUUUGCUUCUGAUCUCUUCAAACACCCCCAUAGGUUAUGUGAUUAUCUUUUAUCAUGUCCUUCGGCGGAGGUUAGAUUAGUUUUUAUGAAAAUAAUAGUCUUCUUAGCACACUUCUCAAUCAAAGAUCCACCAGUGAACAACGGCUACGGCUCAUGGUGCAGUCGCGAGGAAGCGACAUCGCUGUCGGACCAGAUAAUAUGCAGCGGGCGCGCUCUCGCCGACCCCUCGUAUGCGGACGCGCAUGCAGUCAGACACCUGCCGCUAUUGUUUAACCUGUUUCAUACAUAUGCAAUGUUAGGGCUCGGAGAGCGGCAUCAGCUAUUACGGCUAAAAAUUCUUGAUGUCGUUUUGGGUGUGUGUAUGGACGACUCUUCUUCAUCUCUUGUAAAAUAUCAGUAUCCAGAGUCAGCAAAAAUUCAUCAGGUGGUAUACGUAUUGGUGCGGUGUUGCGACGUGAGUUCUCGCUGCCAGUCUGCCGGCGCGGCAGAGGGCGCUCAGCCUUUACCCAACCCUUACGGUGACCCGCCACCAUCUACUGGCGCGCCGAUACAACGGCCCCCUCUCUCCACCGCCGCCGCCGAUAUACUGUACACCAGGACCGGAACGUACAUGAAAAAGCUGACAGAAGAAUGCUGUGGGUGCGAGGAAGGCAUCCGAUUGGUGCAGUUCCUGUGCUGGGAGCAGGCGGAAUGGUCACGCGUGGCGCUUGCCGAGCUUCUGUGGCAGAUGGCUUACGCGUACUGCCACGAGCUGCGGCGCCACGCGGACGCGCUCACCGCGCUGCUGCUCAUGGAGGACUCGUGGCACCACCACCGCAUCCACAACGUGGUCAAGGGUGUGUCCGAAGAGCGGCCGGGCUUGCUUGAAACGGCGGCGCGAGCGCGCGGGCACUACCAGAAGCGUGCGUACGCGUGCGUCAAACUAUUGGUGGGAGUGAUGUGCCGCGCACCCGCCGCCAUACGCGCCGUGCACGCCUCGCCGGACGCGCGCCGGCGCUGGCGCCAGCUGCUGGCCUGGCUGCAGGACGAGCUCGACCGCUAUGGGACUGGAGGUUACGGAUCAUAUGGCACGUGGUCUCCUCCCGGAACAUCCAAUGAAACUUCCAGCGGAUAUUUCUUAGAGCGUAGCAAUUCAGCAAGAAAAACUCUCGAAAAGGCGUACCAACUAUGUCCCGAAGAGGAGGACGAAGAAGAGGAGAGCCGCGAACCCACCGAGGGUCCGUCUUGCAGCUCGCCCGCCGACACAACCGAGCCUGCGGACGGCGAGCCCGCCGACGACGACAGCGGCGAGGACGACGACGCGCCCGAUGGAGACUCACUACGGCAGGAGCACCGAAGCAAACGAAAUAUGCGCGCGGCCGACGCAUCCCGUGUCGCGCGUGAACUUAAGAAAGCCUCGCGUUAGUAAAAGCACGGGAGAUAAAAGCGUCGCGUUAUGAGACCGUUCGCACGAGAGCUUUGCGUUUUAGAUUGUUUGCACUUCGAAAAAACAAAAGCGUGGCGUCAAUGGAUCGUUCGCAUGGGAGCUUAAAAAAGCAUUGCGUUAAUAGAUUGUUUUCACGAAAGCUUAGGACGACGCGCUGCGGCUACCGGCAGGUCAGCAAGCGGCAAGAGCGCAAGUGCGAUGUAUCCCGCACGUGAUCUAAAGAAAGCCUCGCGUUAGUAGAAGCAAGGGAAAUAAAAGCGUCGCGUUGUUCAUUCGCAUGAAAGCUUAUCUUAUAAGCUUAGCGUAUUAGAUUAUUUGCAAUUGAGCGACAAAAAAGCGAGGUGUCUAGAGUUCGUUCGCAUGUGAGCGUAAGAAAGCGUCAACAGAUCGUUUUCACGAAAGCUUAGGACGACUGCGCGCUGCGGCGGCCGGUAGGGCAUCGGCAGGUCAGCAAGCGACGGGUCCUACGCACGCGAUUUUAAAAAAGCCUUGCGAACGGAGCUUAAAAAUGCGUCGCGGUAACGAAUCGUUUGCACGAGAGCUUAAAAAAGCGUCGCGUUAAGGAAUUGUUCGCGUGAAAGGUUAGAAAAGCAGAAUGUAGUAUAAGGAGAACAUUCAAAGUAAAAAAUCGUGCGUCCAACGCAGACGUGCUGCUUGUUGCCCUGCCGACGGAUCCUUCGCACAGGAUUUUAAGAAAGCCUCGCGUUAUAUUAGAUCGUCCGUACGGAAGCUUAAAAACGUUGCGUUUUUAGAUGUUUUGCAUGGGAGCCUGUAAAAAUCGCCACAUUUAAAUCGGACCUUUUUUUAUCAUUUGCUUGUGUUCAAACAAGCGUUAAAAUAAUCACUGUGUACUGAAGCUAACUGACCUGAUAUUGUUCGAUAUGAGAUUCAUAAUACUUUGACAAUUUGUGGUAACCCCGGUGACUGUCCGUAUUUUGUGGUACAGAUGCGCCAUAAAUCAGGCUGAAAUCGCAGCAAUGACGGUUUUUUUUAAAAAGGCAUCGAAGAAACUCCUUUUUUAUAUUAAUUAAAUUUAUCAUUCAACGAUUAUUUAAUCACUUCGGAGUUUUAAAAAGCGCCCGUGUGAACAUCUUCGUUCGUUUCCCUACGUUUGAACGUCAUGUCGUAUGUAUGUACGUCGGCACUUUGCGUGCGGCGUUAAAAUGAAUUGUUGACCGAUAAAAAAAAAAAUUAAGCGCCCGUAUGCGAACACACAUGGGAAAAAUCAUAAGAUCUAUUCGAAGAACUAAAAAACGUCGGGGGAAAAGCGCUCGUGCGAACAAGCUCUGAUCCGUGACUCUGCUGCUAAACCCAUCUCUCUGAUGCCGUACGAAGGUAAACUUUCUUUUGUAUUGUAAAAGGACUACCCUUAAAUGCACCUUCAGUACCCUUAGCACAGGUACAGAACUCUUGACGCGGUAGAUCGUGUCUUAUUUCUGAAAUGAACUAUCAGAGGCCAAAGCACGAACUUUGUCAGAUCAGCAAUCAUAUCGUCAUCAUCAAAUUUUGUAUGGAUGGUGCCAGUUUGUUCUUGCGUCCAUUAAGGGCGCUGCAUAGUUUUCAUAAAAAUUAAUGAUGACGGAGCUGUCGAAGUUCCAGCUUGAGGUCUAUGUAAAAGGUGCCGUAAGGAACUCUGUUGCAUAACCAUUCUUAAUGUUCGUUCGCUCUAGGCUAGUAUAUUUAUGUAGUGACCUCACGUUGGCACCGUUUGCCCUAAAAUAUGGUCUCGAAACUAAUGCAUAGAUCAUGGACAUAAAUGUAAUCUGUCAUCUAGUAGCCAGCCAACUCCAGUCCAGGUCGUGCUGGUUUUUAAGACAAUAUCAAAGACUUGUAGAUUGAUGAAUUGAAGUGCGAAUGCUAAAUGUUAAGUGAUAUUGUAGUAUGCAAUUGUAAAUAGUCAUAAUAAAAUCAUUACGACCCAAAAAACUGCGCCAUCUACAACUGCCUUCUUGCGCUUGCAUAGGUUAUUUUUUUUUAAAGGUGUUGCGACGGAGUUUUCCCUGAUAAGUAGAACUUUUUGCAUUAAAUUUUUGGGAAAGCGAGUGGCCGCGCUGUGAUCAAAAUGAAUCUAGGUAACAUAUUUAUGUAUUAUUCGAGUCAUUAAAUGUAGUAAAUAAAAUGUACGGAUCAUCUUAACAGACCAAAUAACACCAUUGAAUGCUUGUUUCCUAAAAUUUCCAUAAAUAUCUGUCCAUUUGAAUUGAGUAGUGUAACUUUCAUUGCACGAAUGUCCUUUGGAGUUGGUUAUCAACAGAUGUUCUCCCUUUUUGCGGGUAAAUUGAAUGUAAUUAUUAUUUGUGCGGUAUCAAAGAGGUGUCUGUCUUUCGUGAUAUUCAGCGUUCGCCGUAGUUUUGUUCUGUGAUGUUAACGACUCGUCGGAGAGUCCGUCUUUCGCCUCCCGCGGUCGGUUAUUUAUUAACUUAAAGUUCCGCUUUAAAAGUACCAUAGUAUUUAUUUUGUUGUAAUUAAGAUUUUUUUUAUUUCGUGUUCUGUUGUGAAAUGCGUUCACCGUUAACAUGUUUAAUGCGUUGUUGUAACAAUAUUAAUAUUAUUAUUAUUCUCGACCAUCAAAGGUGCCAUCAAACUGCGUUAAACACUCCAAUGAACACAAGAAUAUCUAAAAAUAUUAUUGCCAAAAAUAAAUAUAUCAAAAAUUAUGAAUGUGGCCACUACUGCCUUGGAUGAAUAAUUGUAGUUGGUGGUCAUUAUCAGAUUUUGUAGUAAUCUUAUUAAAUUAAAUGAUUAUGCAUUGAAUCGAAACAAACCUAUGAAACUUACUUAAAUUGUCUCGAAAUAUUUGUUUAAUAUUUAUCACACACCUUCCGUCUAUUAAGCAUCUUGUAAUGAUUUAGUAAGCGACUACAUGUUCAUUUAAAUAUAUUUCUACUAGAUUAGAUAACUUUUAACAUCUUGAACUGCGCUUUGAUGAUUAUUAUUUGCAAUAAAAUUUAAUGUAGUUAUCAUGAAUUGAAACCGAAAAUCGUGAAGCGUUUAUUUGAAUUUUGUACUUCGUAAUUAUAUAUAGCGGCGUAUCGUAACUCUAGAUUAAGGUGUGCAUUUUACUCUAAAAAUUUUGUACACUACAGGGAAUGAUAAAUACUAACAAAAAGUGUGUUUGUAGUUUUACUAAACGCAUUUCGUAACUGCUAGCUAAGCAUCUUAAUAAAAUGUGAAUCUUAAUAACUCGAUAAUGAAAUAAAUUUUAAGCAAAUGAACAUUGUUGUAGUUCUAUUAAAAAUAGAAGCUUAAGCUAAGUGGGUGCUAUCUUAACUGUCAUUUGAAUGAGUUCAGUUUUUGAUUCAAACAAUAAAUUUCGACGAACGAUGUUCCGGUCGUGAUGCAUGAGCGACUGUUGAAUCACAAUAUUUUGUAAAUUAUUACAACGAACAUAAAUGAAACAUCUUUGUACUUUAUGAAUUCGAAUUAAUUAAUGUAACUAAUGGUUAUUGUACUUUUAAUCUUAAUGCCGUAGUGAAAAUUAUAUUAAUUCAUGAUGACAGAAUUAUCAAAAACUAUUUGCUAGAUCAUUUUUAUAAAGCAUGUGUUAUUAUUGUAAUUGCAGGGGACUGUCAUAUUUUUUGUUCAGAAUAAUAUGAAACUAAAAUUAAAAUGUUAUGUAGCAAAAAUGAAGUACACAUAAUAACAAAUAAGUUUCUGAGCUAUUAUUUAAACGUUAUGGACAGUAUUACAUAAAAUGUAUGCAUUAUUGAAUUAAUUUAUUUAAGAAAUCGAUGUAAAGCUUUCGUAAUCCUUACAAUCAGCGCUCUGUAAUACUUUAUUUUACACGCAUGUGUAACUUAUUGACUAUAAAAGAAACAGUAAACAACAUAUUCUAAUUUCAAAGAAAGUUUACUAUUUUGAAUCAUAUACUAAGUCAUGCCCAGCUCUAAAUUGAAAAACAACACUAAAUAAAAGAGCUCAUGAAAAUUGACUGUACAUAGAUUAUGAUUGUGGCCACAACAACAAAAUUGGCCUAAAACUGACUAAACAUAAUAAAUUUUAAUUUUUGGCUUCUUUCGAUAGGUGUAUGAGAUCUUAGAUUUUAAUUCAACAAAAUGUAGAUAUAGGUAUUAACAACUAGUCUAUCAGAAAAAUGUUGCCACUAUGUCAAUAUUCUGCUUUGUAAUAUGUUAUUUAUUUUUAUAUGUCUUAACGGUUGUAUAUUUUUCUUCUUUCUAGUGAUUAAUCGUUAUAUGAUCCAGGCUAUCAGGCGAUGCAUUCUCUCAUAGAAUUUUAAUUGUACCUUCUGAUCUUCUUAACACUGCAAACACUGUCAUUUAGUUAUGCAUUUCUCAUAAUUUAUCGUAAGUGUUAAGCACUAAACUAAUUAUAAAAAAUUAGGUCGCAUAGACCUUGUGCCUUAUUUACCUUUAUUUGCUCAAAUUGCUUACACCUGAUAGUCUGUUUAGUGAUCUAUUGACAAGUUUUAUUUAACAUUUGAAAAAGUUGUUCAAAUUUGAUUUUAUUUAGGCUUGAAUAAAUGGUCUCUAGUUUUUUUUUUAUUAUUUUGAUUUAUGCUCUGUAGUCAAGAUAGAACGAUUUGAAUGCUGAUUGUAUUGUUAACUUAUUACCAAAGAUGGAUUUAUAGAAUGGGGGAUGAGUGGUGGCCCUUUUUCUUAAUAGCUUAGUAAUCAAAUGUUUUGUAUCUUUUGUAAAGUGCAAAAGUUAUUUUGUUGAAUGAAGAUAAAAUGUGAUCGAUCUUAGGCUUAGAUAGGAAAAAUAGCAAUGUUUAUAAAGUGUAAAAUAACACACCUAAUACCGUUUCGGCUGAGUCUAAUAUGAAUACACAAGAUAUUUAUUAAUUUCACUGUUUAUGUAUUGUUAAAACUUUUUACAUGUGCAGCCAUCUAUUCUUUUAAGAGUGGAUUCACUAGCCUUUUUUAAUAAAAUUUUGUUGGCAUAUCACAAAUCUAUCAAAUGUCUAAAACGGCAUUCAGGUGUAAAAUUAUUAAUUGAUAAAUUUUUAUAAGGUCAGUUGAUUUUGUAUAACAUUUCUAUGGCAAAUAUAUAACGAAUGGCAUUUGACAUUUAAAUAAUGCUCAUGAAGUAGCAUUCGUACAGAUAUUAUAAUCAAGAAAUAAACUCGAAAAUUUUC